AUGUCUUCUGCUGGUGACGGAACUUUUGCUGGUGCCAUUGGUAUUGAUUUGGGUACCACCUACUCCUGCGUUGCUACCUACGACAACGCUGUCGAGAUCAUUGCUAACGAGCAGGGUAACCGUGUUACUCCCUCUUACGUUGCCUUCACUGAGGAGGAGCGUCUCAUUGGUGAUGCCGCUAAGAACCAGGCUGCCCUGAACCCCGCCAACACUGUCUUUGAUGCCAAGCGUCUCAUUGGUCGCCGCUUCGAUGACUCCUCUGUCCAGAAGGACAUCAAGACCUGGCCCUUCAAGGUUGUUGAUGACAAUGCUGCUCCCCUCAUUGAGGUCUCUUACCUCGGUGAGAAGAAGACCUUCUCUCCCCAGGAAAUCUCCGCUAUGGUCCUUACCAAGAUGAAGGAGAUUGCUGAGGCCAAGAUUGGCCAGAAGGUUGACAAGGCCGUCAUCACCGUCCCUGCCUACUUCAACGACGCCCAGAGACAGGCUACCAAGGAUGCUGGUUCCAUUGCUGGCCUCAACGUCCUCCGUAUCAUUAACGAGCCUACUGCUGCUGCCAUUGCCUACGGUCUUGGUGCUGGCAAGACUGAGGAGGAGAAGAACGUUCUCAUUUUCGAUCUUGGUGGUGGUACCUUCGAUGUCUCUCUUCUUUCCAUCCAGGGUGGUGUCUUCAACGUUAAGGCUACUGCCGGUGACACCCAUCUUGGUGGUCAGGAUUUCGACAACAACCUCCUUGACUUCUUCAAGGGUGACUUCAAGAAGAAGACUGGCAUUGACAUUUCUGACGAUCCUCGUGCUCUCAGACGUCUCAGAACUGCUGCUGAGCGUGCCAAGAGAUCUCUUUCUUCCGUCGCUCAGACUGUUGCUGAGGUUGACUCUCUCUCUGGUGGUGAGGACUUCAGCUUGAACAUUACCCGUGCUCGUUUCGAGGACAUCAACUCUGUUCUUUUCAAGUCUACUCUUGAGCCCGUUGAGAAGGUUCUCAAGGACUCUGGCAUUGACAAGUCCAAGGUUGACGAGGUUGUUCUUGUCGGUGGUUCUACCCGUAUCCCCAAGAUCCAGAAGCUCCUUUCCGACUUCUUUGACGGUAAGCAGCUCGAGAAGUCCAUCAACCCCGAUGAGGCUGUCGCUUACGGUGCCGCUGUCCAGGGUGCCCUCCUUACUGGCCAGGCCACUUCUGCUGAGGCCCAGGACCUCCUCCUUUUGGACGUUGUCCCUCUCUCCCUUGGUGUUGCCAUGGAGGGUAACAUCUUUGCCCCCGUUGUUCCCAGAAACACCACUGUCCCCACCAUCAAGAGAAGAACCUUCACCACUGUUGACGACCACCAGACCACUGUCCAGUUCCCCGUCUACCAGGGUGAGCGUGUCAACUGCGCUGAGAACACUCUUCUCGGUGAGUUUGACCUCAAGGGUAUCCCACCCAUGAAGGCUGGCGAGCCCGUCCUCGAGGCCAUCUUUGAGGUUGAUGCCAACGGUAUCCUCAAGGUCACUGCUGUCGAGAAGUCCACUGGCCGCUCUGCCAACAUCACCAUCUCCAACUCUGUUGGCCGUCUUUCCUCUGCUGACAUUGAGAAGAUGAUUAACGAUGCCGAGAACUUCAAGUCUGCUGAUGAGGCUUUCUCCAAGAAGCACGAGGCCAAGCAACACCUUGAGUCUUACGUCUCUUCCAUUGAGGCUUCCAUCACCGACCCUGCCGUCACUGCUAAGCUUAAGCGUGGUGCCAAGGACCGUGUUGAGGCUGCUCUCUCUGAUGCUCUUGCUGCUCUUGAGCUUUCUGAGUCCAGUGCUGAUGAGCUCAGAAAGGCCGAGCUUAACCUUAAGCGUGUUGUCACCAAGGCUUUUGCUUCUCGUUAA